AUGUCCCAUCCCGUGAAAGAAUUUGUGCGACGCAUUUCAACCCUUGAUAUCGAACAGUAUCCCCAAUGGGAUUUAUCGGCCCCACUUCCACAACUACCAGUCCCAAAAUUGAAAAACACUCUCGAUCGGUACCUACGGCUUGUACUUCCCGUGGUCUCCACAGAAGACUAUGAACGAACUAAAAAGAUUGUGGAAGAAUUCGGUCGACCCGGGGGUGAAGGAGAACAGUUGCAAGAGUUAUUGGAAGAGUACGCCAAAACCAAAGUGAACUGGGUCACCGAAUGGUGGUUAGAUGAUAUGUACUUACAGAAUCCCCUCCCGUUACCAAUCAACUCCAAUCCGGGCAUGGUCUUCCCGAGGCAUUCGUUCAUCAGCGCUCGACAACAGCUGAGGUUCGCGGCUCAAUUAAUCUCCGGAAUUUUGGACUAUAAAACUAUUUUGGACACACGAUCCCUACCAAUCGAUCGAUGUAGACACAGUCGCAAGGGGCAGCCAUUAUGUAUGGAACAAUAUUAUCGAUUAUUUACAUCUUACCGAUUUCCUGGUAAAAAGAAAGAUAAUCUGGUCACCACUACGGAUCGUGAUCCGUUCGAUCCAGAACACAUCAUUGUGGCUUGUUACGACCAGUUUUAUGUAAUGGAAGUUGUGGCCAAUGGAACUAGACUUUGUGAGGAAGAUAUCUACAAUCAACUCCGGCGAAUCACCCAGUUUGCAGAGGAAGCAGUGAGUGGGGAAAGUGAUUCAACAGCACAGCCUCGUGUGGGAGCUCUGACAGCAUUGCCACGUAAUGAAUGGGCGGAAGUCUGGGAACGCAUGUCUCAAGAUAAGCAGAACAAAGAAAAUUUAGACUUGAUUGCGAACAGCAUGUUUGUGCUCUGUUUGGAUCAACCCAUCGGUCCGGUACGUGAGAUUGAUGAGGAAACCCAGUUGAACGGGUCAGUGGAAGACUUGAACGAUGGUAAUGGACCCGAACACAGGCGGGAUGAUGUGUCCUUGACUCUUCAAUUGCUUCACGGGAUGGGAAGUAAAUUCAAUGCGUCCAAUCGAUGGUAUGAUAAAACAAUGCAGUUUAUUAUUUCCCGUGACGGUAACUGUGGUCUAAACUUCGAGCAUUCGGUGGCUGAAGGAAUCGCUGUGAUUCGGCUCAUUGAACAUAUUCUACAGUACAUGCAAGAAGUGCGUCGAUGGCGUCUAGUUCGAUUUCCUUCGGUAUGUGAUCUGGCCUUCCCACGCCGUCUAGAAUGGAAUUUGGAUAGCAAGACUCACACAAUGAUCAAUAAGGCAUUGCGAGAUAUUGAUCAAAUCGCCGACAAUUUGGACCUUUAUAUCCUUCGCUACAAAGAGUACGGCCGCGAAUUUCCCAAAACAGUCAAUAUGAGCCCAGACUCAUUUAUCCAGCUAGCACUUCAACUGGCCCACUACAAACUGCAUAAUUAUCUUGUCCCAACCUACGAAAGUGCUUCUACUCGACGCUUCGCUCUGGCUCGCGUGGACAACAUCCGCGCCUGUUCAAUGCCCGCGUUGGAAUGGUGCAAAGCUAUGACCGGUAAAACGAAGUGUACGGUCGAUGAGAAGAUUCGAUUACUACGCAAGGCAAUGGAUUGGCAGACUGAAAUAAUGCUGGAAACGAUACUGGGACACGGAGUGGAUAACCACCUGCUCGGUUUACGUCAGAUUGCGUUGGAGCACGGUCGGAAACUGCCGGAAAUCUUCACCGAUGAGACGUAUAUGGAAGCCAAUCGAUUCCGCCUAUCCACCAGUCAGGUAAGUUUUGAUGAGACCGGCAACUAUUGA